CAAGACAUAGCAAGGCUAUUACAAGCAUUUAUUAUGGAUGGACACUUAAACGUUCCUCAACCCAGUGAUCCGAUAACGAUAUACAAUACAUUGUCGAAUAUCAACAGGCCUAGAAGCAGAGCGACGCACACCCGAGGUGUCUUACGUGUUACCGUGUCACAAAUAGCACAACAAAUCCAAAUAUAUGACGUGAAUGUCAUUAGUUGGGCGACAAACAUGUUGAAAAAUGCCAUGACUUCUAACGAUAGAGAAGGCUUUCACUCUUUGUCGACUCAAAUCGGUGUAGGAUCGACGACAAUUAAAAAUCAUGGGUUACGGCGAAACGUGACCCCUGCGAUAUCGGCGAUUGAUCGGUGA